UCACAAUGAAAGUAAAAUGAUCACAAGCUUCAUGAAUUGGGAGAGUUUGGGAUAUCAUUAAAUAUCUAUCAUGGAUGUCACCCAUUCAGAAAAAAUGCCUAAUAAGUCUUUGCCAACCAACACAUUAAAUUCAAAAUCCAGAUACUUCCAUGGCAGUUCCCUUUCUACUCCAAAAACAUCACAAAUCUGUCUUGAAGGGCCUGCCAAUGUGGAGAAACACAGCCAAGUAGACUUAGACAGUGUGAAUCCAUGCAAAAGAAGAGCGAGUUCUACAAGCAUCCCAUUAAAGGAAAAAACUAUAUCUAGAUCAUCAGAAACCACAAUGAAAAAGCAAGAUAGUUUGGUACCAGCUAACAUUAGGCACAAGUAUGGAACUUCUUUGGUGGACCAACUGAUCUCCCCAGAGCAGGUAAAGCAAGCACUGACUGAAGCAAAUGAAAAUAUAUCACACUCAAAUGGAUAUCACAUUCCAAAACCGAGCUUGAAUUCAUGGCUGGUGGACAACAUCGCAUAUUAUGAGCUGGGACAUAGCCUCCGUGCUAACCUAUUUCCAGGUGCCCCCAUCCAAUGCCAUUCCUUGGUACAAGAUUCCUACACUACAGAAGUUAAUGAGAAAGGGAAAGUAAUAAGGGACACUUUGCAUCACUGGCAUGGGAGGAAGACUGAUGAUCUAGCAAUCUGGACUCAAAUGCUAUUGGAAAGAACUGCCAUCACCAAAAAAUUGGAGAGUAUCUUCAGGCCUCCACUGACUGUCCGAAUGCCCACGAGACCAAGGGUACCCAAAGAACCUCCAGUUCAAUCACCACCACCAAAAGCCAACAAGAGGAAAAGUCAGACUAAGACAAAAAAGCCACAAAUAGUGUCUGUUCCUAUGACACAACCCAGUGAAGAUGAUAAUUUUUGGGACUUUUAUGAAAAGCCAAUUUUCUGAAAAUAUGUGUAGUUUAUGACAGACAAAUAAUCCUAACACCAUCUGUCGUUCAAGUGCAGAGUCAUGGAACACAAAAACGCACGCAAACACCCUGCUUUAGGCUGCCACCAGGGCAUAUUGUGUGGGUCACAUUAUUUAAAUACACUGACACAUUUCAAUAUAUUGCUGUCAUUCUGAGGAAAUGUAAAGACCUACAUCACUGAAAGACCGUUCUAGAAAAUU